AUGCAGUCCAUCUUCAACAUCAUCUUCGCCACGGCCGUCGCCGUCAGCGCCACCGCUCUCCCUGACUCCUCCGGCGGAAGCGGCACCUGCGCGGAGGGCAAGGACAUCUCUUGCUGCGUGACGGACAGCAGUGGCAGCGGCACCGCCGGCAACGUCCUCGGUGGAGACUGCCUGCUUUCUCAAGUCAGCUUGCUCUCUCUCCUCGACAACCAGUGCCCGGCUGGCAACACUUUCUGCUGCCCAACCAACUCCGACGGCACUCUCAACAUCAACGUUGCUUGCGAUCCUAUCAACGCUUAA